ACAAAGCCAGACAAUUCAAGAUGCCGCGAAAGAAGCGCCAAGUUGCCAUGAACCCGUCCCGCGCCCUCCAAUCCUUACGGCGCAUCAAGAACAUCCAGCCCGACGAGCUCGGCGACCUCGGCUUCAUACUCUCGUCAGAGACGAGUCCCCUGGUGCGAUGUCACAACCACUCCUUCACUGUCGCCAUGCAAAAACAGAUGGACAUUUGGUAUCGGCAUCACGUGACCACGAUGCGUAAGCUUUCUCAUGGUCAGCAGUCGGAGUAUCGGAACCUUAUGAAGGUCAAGAACGAUAAACGAAGGAUGUAUCGUUCGGGUGUGAUGCGACAGCGAGACGAGGACGAGUUCGACAUCCGUAUGAAGAUAGAGCGAGAUCGUAACGAAGCUGAAGUCAAAUUGUUGAACCUGACGUUGGAUGAUUACAGGACCGACAUCGACGUCAAUGUCGACCUUCAACGGAAAGAAUCCGAUAGAAGUGGAUGGUUGCGACUCAGGAAACGAGACCCGAUGAAUUCCAGCGAUCUCCUCCCAACAAUUUAUGACAUUGAUGAUGUCCAACAUCAAGACACGCCAACAUCCGAACUGGUCAAUGAUUGGGAAGAUCCAUCAUCGGGUAGAGACAACGAUGGCGACUACGACGACCAUAGCAAACAUUUCGAAUUAAAAAGCAAUGAUAACUUUGCCAAUGAUAUGAACAAUGCAACCUUAAGCUCCGAUGUCACUCAUAAACACAACGGACUCGUGGACGACGACGGCGAUGCUGACAUCAUGCGAGACAACUUGCGGACUACUGACCGAUUAGUUCGUACGUCAAACGAUGACGACGCAGAGCAGGACCAAACUGAACACGUAGCUGCUGAAACCCAACAAGACUAUGUACAUGUAGAUGACAAACAAUCAAAGAAAGACAUCUCUGACAGUCAUAGACGUGGACGAAAUCAACUGUUUAGCCGUGUAGAUAGCGGCAUCAAACGUACCAAUCCUCAUGAACCCGAUGGGAAGCUGCUUCCCGACCAUGGUGUCCUAGAUAUGAAAACUCCUGCUAUAGUUCUGAAGGACUCUGGAGAUCACCACAGGGAGACUAACGAUUCUCAGAGAGAUUCACAUGCUGUUUCAAACAACGCGAGGAAGACCGCUCUGAACAUGAAAGCUAUACACCCAGUAACGCAAAUGGUGACGAAAGGAGACGUCGGACGUGUUGGAUGUUUGAACGAGGGGUCAGGUUUAAAACAAAAGGGAAUCGAUGAUAAGAAUGGGAUCGAGAUCAUAGAGAAGCAUGCAUGGGGUACGACUAAACGCGUCCAGAAACUUCCAAGUCUUCACCUGCAGCCAAUCCAUCAGGUUAUUCGCUACCAGCGUCAGGAAACAGCAGGCAGAGGUCUGGUGGGAACCGUCAUCGCUGUCAAACCAUCUGUCGAGAAGUUUCCAAUGCCCUCUAAGAAGUCACAGUAUCACAGGAGAAAGGCGUUACAAUGGCACGUGGAAGAGGCUCCAGCACUGCACAACAAGAUACAACAGUUUCUCUCAGAAUGUGACGCCGUACCUCGACCAGCGCCAAGCCUUAACACUCGACCCGUCUUCUUCUUCUCCCGUCACAAUCCAAUAGUCGCAACGUCGACCGAUACCGUCAUCACCGAACACCGAGUGGAAGAGAUGACGAACAGGAGCAAUGAAGUGAUAGAUGAUGUCAAGACGAUGAAACGAGAAGGGGCGACCUCUGUCAUCCGUGGUCACAGCCACAGCGUCGCCAUCACGAAGGAGAUGAUGAACCGCAAACAUAGAGUUGUGACACCUCAUAAAUGA